CGGCGUCAGACGUGAGCUCUCGGAUAAGAUAAACCCAGGCAGGUAGGCGGUGGCGGCGGUGGUGCCCAGCGCCCCCCCGUGGCCGUGGAUGCUGCCCUCUGGGGACGGCCUGGGGAUGAUGGCCUCGCCCGGCAUGCAGAUCUUCGGCUUCGCCCUGGCCCUGCUGGGCAUCCUGGGCGCCACGCUGGCCACCCUCCUGCCCAACUGGAAGGUGAGCGCCGACGUGGGCUCCAACAUCAUCCAGGCCAUCACGCAGAUGCAAGGCCUGUGGAUGGACUGCACCUGGUACAGCACCGGCGUCUUCAGCUGCACGCUCAAGUACUCGGUGCUGGCGCUGCCCGCCUACCUGCAGACGGCGCGCACCACCAUGGUGCUCUCGUGCGUCAUGGCCGCCCUGGGCCUGUGCCUGGCCUCGCUGGGGCUCAAGUGCACGCGCUGGGGCGGGGGCCUGCGCUCCAAGCAGCACUCGGCCAUGGCCAGCGGCGCCUGCUUCCUGCUCUCGGGGCUGCUGUGCCUGGUGCCCGCCUGCUGGUUCACCGACGAGGUCAUCAAGAGUUUCCUGGACUCCAACGUGCCGCCCAAUAACAAGUACGAGCCGGGCGGCGCGCUCUACGUGGCCUUCGUGGCGGCGGGGUUCCUGCUGGCCGGCGGCUCCAUCUUCUGCGCCUCGUGCCCGGGGAAGAGGCAUGGCGGCGGCGGGCCGCGCGACCUCAUCCUGCUGCCGCCGGACAAGAUGCUCUUCCAGCAGCAGCAGCAGCUACUGCAGCAGCAGCAGCACCAGGAGCAGCUGCAGCACCAGUACUGCUCGCUCUCGCCCAUGGACAACAAGACCGGAUACAGCCUGCAGGACUACGUCUGAUGA